CGAGAAGAACAGAUAUGGAUUCUUCCACUGGCUCUGUGUGUGCUGAUAAUGGCACAGAAGAGACCAGAGAAGAAUCCAAGGUUGAGGGUGAGUGUGAAUUUACUGAGAGUGAGUGUGAUGAUGAUUUUGAGGGUGAGUCAGGGGAUAGUUGGGAGAGUGAGUCCAAUGACAACGACUCACUCUAUAUUCCCACACCUAUUCGCGAAAAAAAGGCUCGCCCUAUUGAUUUGCCCAAUAAAUUGGGUUUUAUUGCCUUGCCUCAAUUGGGGAAAUUUUUAGAAAUGAUGAAUGAGGCUCGGGGCUGCAAAACCCCUGGUUGUAAGGGAAAUGUAGUUCCCACACAUGUGCACAGCCAAGGGUUGGGUGGCACAUUUUCCAUUAGUUGUUGUUGUGAUGGGUGUGCCAUGAAU